CCCGGGCAUGAGCCGGACGCGACAUCCGUUGCUGGAUUAAGGCGCCGACAUGAACCUGCACCAGGUGCUGACCGGGGCUGUGAACCCCGGCGACCACUGCUUCUCCGUGGGCAGCGUCGGCGACCAGCGCUUCACGGCUUAUGCCUCUGGAUGUGACAUUGUUAUACUGGGAAGUGAUUUUGAAAGACUGCAAAUAAUCCCAGGAGCUAAACAUGGAAAUAUUCAAGUAGGAUGUGUAGAUUGUUCAAUGCAACAAGGCAAGAUUGCAGCAUCCUAUGGAAAUGUUGUAUCUGUUUUUGAACCAGUUAACCUACCGAAGCAAAAGAAAAAUUUGGAAUUAUAUAGUCAGUGGCAGAAAAGUGGCCAAUUUUUUCUGGACUCAAUAGCACACAAUAUAACUUGGGAUCCUGCAGGCAAUCGUCUUUUAACUGGUUCUAGCUGUUUGCAACUGUGGUCCAGUGCUAACUUGGAGAAAUCAGCUGAAGAUGAAAAUCCAGAUAAAACAGAUCUUAACUUUGGGGAUUGGAGAUGCAUUUGGCAUUGCAAAACUGCUUCCCAAGUUCAUUUAAUGAAGUUUUCACCAGAUGGAGAAUUUUUUGCCACUGCUGGGAAGGAUGACUGUCUUCUAAAGGUAUGGUAUAAUGUAGAAAACUGGCGGACAUCUGUUGCCUCUCCAGAUAAAAGUUCAGAAAAACAAUCCCAAGGAGAAAUUGACUUUUCUUUUGUAUAUCUGGCCCAUCCUCGAGCUGUAAAUGGAUUUUCCUGGCGUAAAACAAGCAAAUAUAUGCCUAGGGCUUCUGUAUGUAAUGUACUGUUGACUUGCUGCAAAGAUAACAUAUGUCGUCUUUGGGUAGAGACAUUUUUACCAAAUGAUUGUUUGCUCUAUGGAGGUGACUGCAGCCAUUGGACUGAACCAAUUAAUUUAACAAAUAACUUCAAGAGAAAUGCUUCCAGUAAAGAACGAGUUCAGAAUGCUUUAGAUGUAAAUCUGAAACAUUUUCGUAGAGGUCGGAGGAGAUCACUUGCACUUGUAGCACAUACUGGAUACCUGCCACAUCAGCAAGAUCCUCAUCACGUUCACAGGAACACUCCACUGCAUGCCAAUGCACUUUGCCACUUUCAUAUUGCAGCCAGCAUCAACCCAGCCACGGACAUUCCACUUCUUCCUUCUAUUACGUCUCUGAGUCUAAGUGAAAAUGAAGAGAAGAGUGGACCUUUUGUGGUACACUGGCUAAACAAUAAAGAAUUGCAUUUUUCUUUGUCCAUGGAAGUCUUUUUACAACAACUUAGAAAAAGUUUUGAGCAACCAUCUUCUGAGAUGAGUGUAGAAGACUCUAAUCAGGCAGAUGUAAAAUCUGAUGAAGAGAUCGAUGACGGUAUUGAUGAUCUGAAAAUAAAUCUUGAAAAGAAGGAAUUGGGCAAUGAUAAAUUGGUACCAAAUUCAAGUUCUGUACCAUUACCAUCAGCUGCCAUUGAUCAUCAGAUUGAAGUACUUCUGUCUGAAUGGAGUAAAAAUGCAGACAUGCUAUUCAGUAUUCAUCCCAUGGAUGGUUCUUUGCUGGUUUGGCAUGUGGAUUGGCUGGAUGAAUACCAGCCUGGUAUGUUUCGUCAAGUACAGGUGUCCUUUGUUUCCAGAAUUCCUGUAGCUUUCCCCACAGGUGAUGCAAACUCUCUCUGUAAAAGCAUAGUGAUGUAUGCCUGUACCAAGAAUGUUGACUUGGCUAUUCAGCAAGGGAAACAAAAAACUUCCAGCCUGACACGUUCCACAUCAAUGCUUAUAUCUUCUGGUCACAGUAAAUCAACUAAUAGUUUAAAAUUAAGCAUCUUUACCCCUAAUGUUAUGAUGAUUUCAAAGCAUGCUGAUGGCUCCCUGAAUCAAUGGCUUGUCAGUUUUGCCGAGGAAUCUGCCUUUUCUACAGUUCUCAGUAUUUCCCACAAAUCCAGAUAUUGUGGUCAUCGCUUUCAUCUUAAUGAUUUAGCUUGUCACUCAGUAUUACCAUUAUUGCUGACAACGUCACACCAUAACGCAUUAAGGACACCAGAUGUUGAUAACCAAAAGGAACCUUAUGGUGCUGUGAAUAUUGAAGAAUGUUCUUUGGCACAACAGAAUAAAAGCAUUAUUGACAUGGCCUUUCAGGAUCCCAAUGCAGUUUACAGUGAGCUUAUUCUUUGGAGAGUUGAUCCAGUUGGGCCAUUGUCUUUUUCUGGAGGUGUUUCUGAGCUUGCCCGGAUUAAUUCUCUCCAUGUUUCUGCAUUUUCCAAUGUGGCAUGGCUGCCCACUCUUAUACCCAGUUAUUGUCUAGGUGCAUACUGCAACUCUCCUAGUGCAUGCUUUGUAGCAAGUGAUGGACAAUAUCUGAGAUUAUAUGAAGCAGUUAUUGAUGCCAAGAAACUUCUAUAUGAGCUUUCCAAUCCUGACAUUUCUAAAUAUGUUGGUGAAGUGUUUAACAUCGUAAGUCAACAGUCAACAGCCAGGCCAGGAUGCAUUAUUGCAUUAGAUCCCAUUACCAAACUUCAAGGCAGAAAAACCCAGCUGCUUCAUGUUUUUCAAGAAGACUUCAUUUUGAAUAACCUUGAGAAGAAAAGACUAGGAAAAGACAGAAUAUUAUCUGAUGCAGGCAGCUCACCUAAUGAAUUUUCGGAAAAAUUCUACCUAAUUGUAAUAGAGUGCACCCAAGACAACCGUUCAUUGUUACACAUGUGGAAUUUGCAUUUGAAGUCCAUUCCUGUCUCAUUGGAUGAAAAAGUAGAUACAAAAAUAUCUGAAGCAGUUUGGCAGCCAGAAGAACAUUAUUCUUCUUCUCCAGAGAAGAUCUUAUCCCCUUUUUCACAGAAGUAUCAGGCUUGCAGAGCAAAUCUCCAGAGUACCAGCAAGUUGACUUUGUCUUCAGAAAUGGUUUAUAGCCAAGAGUUGCAUUUGCCAGAAGGAGUUGAGAUAAUAAGUGUUAAGCCAUCAGCAGGACAUCUGAGUUCUUCUUCCAUAUAUCCCAUAUGCAGUGCUCCUUAUUUAUUGGCAACUUCAUGCUCAGAUGAGAAAGUAAGAUUCUGGAGAUGUAGAGUAACAGCUGAAGAAUCUGCCACUUCAAAGAAUGGAGAAAUGGAUCUUAUAUACAUUUGGGAAGAAUGGCCGUUACUUAUUGAAGAUGGACUGCAGAGCAAUAGUAGUAUAACUGUACCCGGUAGGCCUAUAGAAGUCAGCUGUGCACACACAAAUCGUUUAGCAGUAGCAUAUAAGCAGCCUACGUCUAAUAGUAGAUGUUCUCAGGACUUUGUGAUGCAUGUAAGUAUUUUUGAAUGUGAGUCUACAGGAGGUUCAUGCUGGGUCCUUGAACAGACAGUUCAUUUAGAUGAGUUAAAUACAGUGUUGGAUUCUGGCAUUAGUAUUGAUAGUAAUUUAGUGGCCUAUAAUAAACAAGAGGUAUAUUUAUCCAGUAAAGAGAGUGUCACAUCAAACACAAAGCAUUUAGUUCACUUAGAUUGGAUGUCUAGAGAAGAUGGUUCUCAUAUUCUUACUGUAGGAAUUGGAUCAAAACUUUUUAUGUAUGGACCCCUGGCUGGCAAGGUACAAGAACAGACGGGUAAGGAAAGCCUGGCAUUUCCUCUCUGGGAAGGUACUAAAGUUGUGCCUCUUUCUAAAUUUGUACUGUUACGAAGUGUGGACUUGGUUUCUUCUGUAGAAGGCUCUCCACCUUUUCCUGUUUCUUUAUCAUGGGUCCGGGAUGGCAUCCUGGUGGUAGGAAUGGAUUGUGAAAUGCAUGUAUAUUCCCAAUGGCAGCCAUCUUCUAAACAAGAACCUGUUACAACAGAUUCAUACAAUGGGAGCACUCCAUCUAUAAUAAGUUUAAUAAAACAGAGUAACUCAUCAAGUUCUGGAUUACAUCCUCCAAAGAAAACCCUGACUCGAUCCAUGACCAGUCUUGCACAGAAAAUCUGUGGAAAGAAAACUGCGCUUGAUCCUUCUGUGGGUAUGGAAGAUUCAGGUCUUUUUGAAGCAGCUCAUGUUCUUUCCCCAACUUUACCUCAGUACCAUCCUUUGCAGCUUUUGGAACUCAUGGAUCUUGGCAAAGUUCGGAGAGCAAAGGCCAUCUUGUCACAUCUUGUCAAGUGCAUUGCUGGGGAAGUUGUGGCUCUGAAUGAAGCUGAAUCUAAUCAUGAACGCCGCUUUAGGUCUCUCACCAUCAGUGCUAGUGGAAGCACUACUCGAGACCCCCAGGCAUUCAACAAGAGUGAAAAUACAGAUUACACAGAAAUCGAUUCUGUCCCUCCGCUUCCUUUAUAUGCCUUACUUGCAGCAGAUGAUGAUAGCUAUUACUCAUCCUUGGAGAAAUCUAGUAAUCAGAGUACCUUAAAUAACUCAAACCAGUUGUCAAAAGAAAGUUAUGAUGAGCUUUUUCAGAUGUCAGCUUUAACGACUGAUAGUCAUGUGUUAAAGACAGAAGAAGAAAAUACAAAGCCCAGGGUUAUUGACCUUUCACAAUACAGUCCAACUUACUUUGGUCCUGAGCACGCUCAGGUUCUUUCUGGCCACUUACUUCAUUCUAGUUUACCAGGACUCAGCCGGAUGGAGCAGAUGUCUUUGAUGGCUUUAGCAGAUACAAUUGCAACUACCAGCACUGAUAUUGGAGAAAGCAGAGACAGAAGCCAAGGUGGAGAAACUCUUGAUGAAUGUGGCUUAAAAUUUCUUUUGGCUGUUCGACUUCAUACUUUUCUUACAACUUCUCUUCCAGCUUAUCGAGCUCAACUCCUUCACCAAGGCCUGUCUAGUAGUCAUUUUGCCUGGGCCUUUCAUUCAGUAGCAGAAGAAGAACUGCUGAACAUGUUGCCAGCAAUGCAGAAAGAUGAUCCCACAUGGUCUGAACUUAGAGCUAUGGGUGUGGGGUGGUGGGUCCGGAAUACCCGCAUCUUACGCAAAUGCAUAGAAAAGGUAGCCAAAGCAGCCUUUUAUAAAAAGAAUGAUCCUUUAGAUGCUGCCAUUUUUUACCUUGCAAUGAAAAAGAAAGCUGUGAUUUGGGGAUUAUAUAGAUCCCAAAAAGAUUCCAAGAUGACACAGUUUUUUGGGCACAAUUUUGAGGAUGAGAGAUGGCGUAAAGCAGCUUUAAAGAAUGCUUUUUCUUUGUUAGGAAAACAAAGAUUUGAACAUUCAGCAGCAUUUUUUCUUUUAGCUGGUUGCCUCAGAGAUGCAAUUGAGGUAUGUCUUGAGAAACUGAAUGACAUUCAGUUGGCUCUUGUAAUAGCAAGACUCUAUGAGUCUGAAUUUGAUACAUCUGCAACAUAUAAAUCUAUUUUACGUAAAAAAGUUUUGGGAAUUGAACUCAAUGAACUCAAUUUGUUGAAUAUAAAUAUGCAUUAUGAUCCUUUUCUUCGGAGUAUGGCAUAUUGGAUUUUAGAAGAUUAUAGUAGUGCUCUGGAAACAUUAAUAAAGCAACCUAUCAGAGAGGAUGAUGAUCAAGUCAUGAUGUCAGCCUGCAAUCCUGCCGUUUUUAAUUUCUACAAUUAUCUAAGAACACAUCCUCUUUUGCUGAGACGUCAUUUUGGAUCAUCUGAUGCGUUUUCCACACACAUGAGUUUAACAGGAAAAAGUGGACUGGCAGGAACAAUUAAUUUAAGUGAAAGAAGAUUAUUUUUUACUACUGCCAGUGCUCAUUUAAAAGCUGGCUGCCCUAUGUUGGCUUUGGAAGUAUUAUCAAAGAUGCCAAAAGUCAUCAAAAAAACGAAACCUUUUUGUAGAACAUCUAGUUUUCUGGAUACUAGUAAAGUCUGUUCUCCUUCUUCUCCAUUCAAAUUGGAUGCAAGGGAAGAUAAGUCUUCUGCUAUUGAUUGGUCACAGUCACUGAUGAAUGGUUUUGGAUCUUCUUCAGAGGGUUCCUCAGAGAAGCAGUCAAAUUCCACUCUUUCUUUUGACUGGAGCCAACCAAGUAUUGUAUUUCAGGAUGACUCUUUAGAAUUAAAAUGGGACAGUGAUAACGAUGAGGAAAAUGAGGAUCUCCCUGUUUCAAUGAAAGAACUAAAACCUUUACAGAGAAAAGUAGGGGAAAAAAUAGAUGAAACAAGUUCUAAGUACACAGACUCUCUCAGCACACUAGAUGAACAUGACAUUUUAAAUCCAUCAGAAGAUAUCAUUGCAGUUCAGUUAAAAUUUAGAGCAUGUUUAAAGAUUCUCACGGUAGAACUUCGUACCUUAUCUACUGGAUAUGAAAUAGAUGGUGGAAAAUUGCGAUACCAGCUGUACCACUGGCUUGAAAAAGAGGUGAUAGCCCUUCAGAGAACUUGUGACUAUUGUUCAGAUCCUGAAGAAUUACAGUCUGCAUUUAGUGAAAAUGGAGAUGCAUUUGGAUUAAAUGAAGAUGCCGAAGAUUUGCUUCAUCAAACAAAAGUGAAACAACUGAGAGAAAAUUUUCAGGAAAAAAGACAGUGGCUUUUGAAAUAUCAGUCACUCUUGAGGAUGUUUCUUAGUUACUGCAUACUGCAUGGAUCCCAUGGUGGGGGUCUUGCAUCUGUGAGAAUGGAAUUGAUUUUGCUUUUACAAGAAUCUCAACAGGAAACAGCAGAACCAAUAUUUCCUAGCCCUCUUUCAGAACAAACCUCAGUACCUCUCCUCUUUGCUUGUACAGCCAGUGCCAAAACAGUAGUUGCCAAUCCGUUAUUGCACCUUAGUAAUCUAACACAUGAUAUUCUGCAUGCCAUAAUAAACUUUGAUUCACCACCCCAUCCUGAUAUCCAAAGCAAUAAAGUAUAUGUAAUGCAUACUUUAGCAGCUUCACUUUCUGCUUGUAUUUAUCAGUGCCUUUGUGGUAGUCAUAACUACAGUUCAUUUCAAACAAAUCAGUUUACUGGAAUGGUGUAUCAGACAGUACUGCUUCCCCAUCGACAUUCUUUGAAAACAGGAAGCUUAGAUGAAGCCAUAACUCCCAAUACAUCACCAGCUCAGUGGCCAGGAAUAACUUCUCUAAUUCGACUUUUGAAUUCUUCUGGGGAGGAAGCCCAGUCAGGGCUUACAGUCUUGCUCUGUGAGAUUCUCACAGCAGUGUAUCUUAGUCUCUUCAUCCAUGGCUUGGCAACACAUUCUAGUAACGAACUGUUUCGGAUUGUGGCCCACCCUCUAAAUGAAAAAAUGUGGUCUGCUGUAUUUGGUGGAGGUGCACAUGUUCCCAGCGAAGAACAGACACGCUCAAAAGCUUUACCUGUUUCUUCACUAGUGGAAGAAGGAGAGAAACAGAACAAACGUUUUAGGCCAUCAAAAAUGUCUUACAGAGAAUCUGCCUCAGUGACCUCUUCCUCACCACCAGUAAGCCAGGAAUCACUGAUAGUUAAAGAGAAGUUCAUUCCACCUGAGCUCAGUAUCUGGGACUAUUUCAUUGCCAAGCCUUUUCUACCUGCUUCUCAAAGUAGACCAGAAUAUGAUUCAGAGGAGAGUCUGGAAAGUGAUGACGAAGAUGAAGAUGUUUUAGCUUCAGAUUUCCAUCUCCAAGAGCAUUCUAAUUCAAAUUCAUAUAGUUGGUCAUUGAUGCGUUUGGCAAUGGUGCAGUUGGUGCUCAGCAAUUUGAAGACUUUCUAUCCCUUUGCAGGUCAUGAUCUUGCAGAGCUUCCAGUUAGUUCACCACUUUGUCAUGCCGUUCUAAAAACUCUUCAAUGUUGGGAACAAGUUCUUCUCCGACGACUUGAAAUCCAUGGGGGGCCACCUCAAAACUAUAUUGCAAGUCAUACCUCUGAAGAGAGUGUGUCUGCAGGUCCUGCAAUUCUCCGCCACAAAGCUUUGCUGGAACCUACAAACACUCCUUUCAAAUCUAAACACCAUCUGUCACUGUCUGUGAAGAGACUUUGGCAGUACUUGGUGAAGCAGGAAGAAAUUCAAGAAACCUUUAUCAGAAAUAUAUUCACAAAGAAAAGGUGUCUAAAUGAGUCAUUAGAGGACAGCUGUGAAACCAUCAAAAAUUCUAUGAUGGAGGAGCCAAACAUCAAUAAGAUAGAAGCAGAUUCGGGAUAUCCUGGAGGUAAAGCAAGAAUUAUUCAUAAGGAAUCUGAUAUAAUUACUGCCUUUGCUGUUAAUAAAGCGAAUAGAAACUGCAUAGCAAUUGCUUCAAGCCAUGAUGUUCAAGAACUAGAUGUUUCUGGAAUUCUGGCUACACAGAUCUAUACUUGGGUAGAUGAUGAUAUAGAAAUGGAAACCAAAGGGUCAGAAGAUUUCUUGGUUAUACAUGCUCGUGAUGAUUUAACAGCUGUGCAGGGUACAACCCCAUACACACAUAGCAAUCCUGGUACUCCAAUUAACAUGCCAUGGCUUGGUAGUACACAGACUGGCAGAGGAGCAUCAGUGAUGAUUAAGAAAGCCAUUAAUAAUGUCAGAAGAAUGACUUCUCAUCCAUCUCUUCCUUACUAUCUGACAGGAGCUCAAGAUGGAAGUGUGAGAAUGUUCGAAUGGGGCCAUUCUCAACAAAUAACCUGUUUCCGAUCUGGUGGCAAUUCAAGAGUUACAAGAAUGAGAUUUAAUUAUCAAGGAAAUAAGUUUGGAAUAGUUGAUGCUGAUGGAUAUUUAAGUUUGUAUCAAACAAACUGGAAAUGUUGUCCAGUUACUGGAAGUAUGCCUAAGCCAUACCUGACUUGGCAGUGUCAUAACAAAACAGCCAAUGAUUUUGUCUUCGUUAGUUCCUCCUCUCUGAUAGCUACAGCUGGUCUUUCAACUGACAAUAGAAACAUAUGUUUGUGGGACACUCUUGUAGCACCUUCCAAUAGUUUAGUCCAUGCUUUUACUUGUCAUGAUAGCGGAGCCACUGUUUUAGGAUAUGCUCCAAAACAUCAGCUACUAAUAUCAGGUGGCAGAAAAGGCUAUACAUGUGUUUUUGACCUUCGGCAACGACAGCAGAGGCAGCUUGUCCAGAGCCAUGAUUCUCCUGUUAAAGCCAUUGCUAUUGAUCCAACUGAAGAGUACUUUGUUACAGGAUCUGCUGAGGGCAACAUAAAGAUUUGGAGUCUCUCUACCUUUAGUCUUCUCCACACUUUUAUCAAUGAACAUGCUCGGCAAUCCAUUUUCAGAAAUAUUGGAACCGGAGUGAUGCAAAUUGAGACAGGGCCUGCAAAUCACAUUUUUUCAUGUGGAGCUGAUGGAACAAUGAAAAUGAGAAUACUGCCAGAUCAGUUUAGCCCAUUAAAUGAAGUGUUGAAAAAUGAUGUGAAAUUUAUGCUGUAACAUUUUAACAAUAAGAUGUAUAAUUUAUUACCUAUUCCAUGAAGUGGCCAACACAUAUGAUGUACAGUGAUCAGUCUCUAUGCCACAGAUAAGCUAAUGCUUUCCUGUUUUCAUAUUUAUUUUAUGGAGCUUUGCCCUUGAUGCACUGAUGCCUUAAAAAUUAAUAAGGUCAUUCAAAAUUAGACUACAUUGCCUAAAGUAGAAUGUAUAAGUAAUGCUGUAAUAAUACAUAUUUAUAGUAUAGUGAGUAUAUCAUAGUGUUAAAGGAGUUUUGUUUUCUUGUUGUUGAUAAAUUCUUCUGCAGAUAUCUCUGCAUGAAUUUGUUUCACAGUAAAAAUACCCUUUAUGUAAAGGCAGUUGCACAUCAGUCAUCACUUAAUUCACCACACUCUCACUGCCUUUUUCAAACUUACACAUCUCACACUCCUCUCUUAAUUAAUGAUAGAUUGAUAUUUGGGUAAGAAUCAAUAGUGAACAUCUCCAUUAACACUGUCUUUGGGACUUCAGUGACAGGUGAGCCAAAUGCCUCGUUAUGUAAAGUUUUCAUCAGUUUCCCCUCUGGACCCCAAGUUGUGUGUGUGUGGUCGUGUAUAUAUAUGUAAUGUAUCUUAUACAUCUUAUUUGAACUUUGUGUGUGUGUGUGUGUAUAUGUGUAUAUAUAUAUAUAUAUAUAUGUGUGUGUGUAUAUAUAUAUAUAUAUAUAUAUGAAAACUACAAGUCUUUUCAUUUGUUUUUGUGCCAUAACAACUACUGCCACCAGAAUAACAACUUUUUCUGCAACUGUUUUUUUCACCUUUUUUUUUUUAAAUUUUUGAAUUCCCAUCCUAAUUUUCAAAUAAAUUUCAGGAAAACUUCCAAGAUUAUUAUUUUAAAGAUUACAUUGAGUCAGAUAAGACUUAGCAGGCAAUAAUGAUUCUGUGUUGGCAUAUAUGAGAUACUUAAGCUUAUAAAUUUGUCAAAGGAUUUCUAGGCACCAUACAUUUUACUUAAAUUUUAUUUUAUUUUAUUUCUUAUUUUUUAGGUGCUUUUAGUCUCAACGUUCUGAAAACCUCAUAGCAGUGUUUUUAGAAACAAAUGUGAAAACAGUCAAAUUAAAUAGAUAGUAUUUACAAAUGUAAAAUACCUGCCAGAUCUACCAUUAAAAGAUAAUAAACUAAGCCUUAUAUUUUAUUAUUUUUUGCCAAAAUAUAUUAUUUUAUUAUAAAAUAUGACCAAAAUAUUAAAAAUGCACAAUGCUUUUAACUUAAAUGUGCUAACCCUAUUUCUGUCUGUUUUGUGCUAUACCUUUUCUGAUUCAGAAUUAUAGAAAACUUGAUAAUACUUGAUUUUAACCAAGAAGACUGGAGGCAGAUGGGACUAAGAGUUUAAGGGACAAUUAUAUACUAUUUAGCUUAAAUAUAUUUUAAUAGGAAUAUUAAGAGAACAUUUUUAUGUAACAAAAUAUGGAAAACUAUUAUCUUGGAAACUAAAGAGUCAAAUGAAGCAAAGAAAUGAAGGGCUGGUAAAAUGAAUUUUGUAAUAUCCUCAGGAUACUUUUAAAAGUAUAUUGUUAAAAGAUUUUGUAAAUUGUAUUCAUAAUUUUAAAUGUGUUGAGCAAGUUGCAGUGAAGACACUGUUAUUAUGUAGAGAGUUGAUGUGCACAUAAUAACCUGUACCUAUAAAUUGUGCAAUAACGAUAUGUGACUAUUUUGCCAUGGAGAAAUCUGUGACAACAUUGCAAACAAUACUAUUGUUUGAUGUAGUUAAUAUUAAGUUAUUCCUCAGUAAUUUCUUCAUGAAUCAAGAUUCAAAAGGCUUUAAACACUUUCAGUGAGAUAGAAAAUGUAUUAUUAUGCUUACUAGGAAAAAGACAUUGUGGAUGAAGAAUUAAGCAUUUUAAUUGAGGGUUUAUAUGAAUAAUAAAUUAUGUAAGCCCAUAUGUAUUUACAUCCAGAGUCAUAAUAUUUUAAAUAAACAAUCAUGCAGUAACUA